AUGGAUUAUUCAACGUCCACUGCCCUCUACGACAUCGAUUAUGGGAUGUCAGAGCCCUGCCAGAAAAUCGACGUGAAGCAGGUGGCAGCCCGGCUCCUGCCCCCACUGUACUCGCUCGUGUUCAUCUGCGGCUUCGUGGGCAACCUGCUGGUUGUCCUCACCCUGGUCAACUGCAAGAGGCUGAAGAGCAUGACUGACAUCUACCUGCUCAACCUGGCCAUCUCCGACCUGCUCUUCCUGCUCACCCUCCCGCUGUGGGCUCACUACGCCGCCGCCGAGUGGGUCUUCGGAGGUGCCAUGUGCAAGGUGUCCACGGGGAUGUAUCACUUGGGCUAUUUCGGUGGAAUCUUCUUCAUCAUCCUCCUGACCAUCGACAGGUACCUGGCUAUUGUCCACGCCGUGUUUGCCUUAAAAGCCAGGACGGUCACCUUUGGGGUGGUGACGAGUGUGAUCACCUGGGUGGCGGCCAUCUUGGUGUCUCUCCCGGGCAUCAUCUUUACCAGAUCUCAAAAAGAAGGUUUUCGGAGUACGUGCAGCCCUCAUUUUCCGGCCAGUCAAUAUCAUUUCUGGAAAAAUUUGCAGACACUAAAGAUGACCAUCCUGGGCCUGGUCCUGCCGCUGCUGGUCAUGGUCGUGUGCUACUCGGGGAUCCUGAAAACCCUGCUGCGGUGUCGGAAUGAGAAGAAGAGGCACAGGGCCGUGCGGCUCAUCUUCGCCAUCAUGGUGGUUUACUUCCUCUUCUGGGCGCCCUACAACAUCGUCCUCCUCCUGAGCACCUUCCAGGAGUUCUUCGGCCUGAAUAACUGCAGCAGCUCCAACAGGCUGGACCGAGCCAUGCAGGUGACGGAGACGCUGGGCAUGACGCACUGUUGCAUCAACCCUGUGGUCUACGCCUUCGUCGGGGAGAAGUUCCGGAGCUACCUCUCCGCGUUUUUCCGGAAGCACAUCGCCAAACGCCUCUGCAAACAAUGCCCGCUCUUCCUGCGGGAGGCUCCGGAGCCGACGAGCUCAGCUUACACCCGAUCCACCGGGGAGCAGGAGAUCUCCAUCGGCCUGUGA